AUGAAACUGCUUCUCCCUAUUAUAAUUUGCAUCACAGCAAUCCUCUUUACUUACCCACCUAUCAAAGAGACCAUCCUCACAUACAUCAGCGCGCCAAGCGUCAAAGAAACCACCCACCCAACCAACAUAACCCUGCACCCCCCACCAAAACUCAACCCUAUAACCAAAAUGUCUGCCCCGCGCGCAAUUCGCCAAGCCUUCCUCGCAAUCGAGCAGGGCGAAGGCGCAGGCGCCCGCGUCCGCCGCUCAAUCGGAACAGCCAAACUGCGCAACUUCAGCCCCUUCCUCAUGCUCGACCACUUCACAAUCGGCAAGGGUGCCGGCUUCCCAGACCACCCCCACCGCGGCCAGGAAACAAUCACUUACCUGCUCUCCGGUGGAGUCGAUCACGAAGAUUUCGCCGGGAACAAGGGCACCAUCGGGCCUGGCGAUCUGCAAUUCAUGACUGCCGGCAGAGGUAUCAUGCAUGCGGAAAUGCCGCACGAGAACGAGGACGGAAGUCCCAAUGUCGGUAUGCAGCUGUGGGUCGAUCUACCGCAGAAGCUGAAGUUCUGUGAGCCGCGUUAUCGCGAUUUGCGCGCCACUGAGAUUCCCGUUGCCUCUGUUGAUGAGGGCAGGGUUGAGGUUAAGGUUAUCUCUGGACAGUCGCAUGGUGUGGAUUCCGUGAGGGAUCUUGCUUAUACGCCCGUUUGGAUUCUGGAUAUUACCAUCAAGCCCGGUGGUAGGAUUUCGCAACCCUUACCUCUGGGCUGGAAUUCGUUUGCCUAUACCUUGGCUGGUGAAACAGUUUUUGGUUCGAGUGAUUCUAAUCGUGUUGUGAAGGAAUUCCAUAAUGUUGAGUUUGAGCAGGCCGGUGAUUUUGUUGAACUUUCCGUUCCGGAUAAUGCGGAGAAGGAUGGUAGGAUUUUCUUGGUUGCUGGUCAGCCCCUGGAUCAGAAGGUUGUUCAGUAUGGCCCAUUUGUGUUGAACACCCAAGAGGAAGUUUACCAGGCCAUGCUUGACUAUCAGACUGCGUCUAAUGGUUUCGAGCGCACGCGCAACUGGCAGAGUGAAAUUGGGAAGCGCAUGGGUUGA